AUGAUUCAUUUUAUCGCCUUCGUGUUCUUUGUUUCGAUGUUGCAAUCAAUGGAUUCGAUCACAGCCCAGACACAGAAUCAGCUAGGUUCAAAAGGGACUCAGCAAUGUACAAUCAACAACAACUUCUACGCUGGACCGAAUAAGAAGGUCGAGACUGUUAUGUUUGAGAUGAAGAAACAACUGGAUGAAAUUCAGAAGGAACUUAGAAACUUAACACAGAAAACAAAGAAAGCGGAAAACAAGACCAAAGGUAGCUAUCUAGAUUUGUUGCUUAUGGUAUAUUGUUCUAGUCCAGUAGAUUAAGUCUAAUUGAAGUAUUCAUUUGUAGUAAAGUUAAGUGUAAAAUUGACAUAACGUAGUUAUUGCAGAAGGAUGGUUUUUUUUUAUAUUUCUGAAACUGGAAUUAGUCUCUCAACUAACUACGAACACCUCCUUAUUAAUAUCAUUCAGUUAUAGAUAGGUGUCUUUAUUAGAUAAGGACACCUAUCUUUUACGGACAGUACUCCUGGAUGGUUUUAAAGACAUCAAACUUCACAAUGAACUUUUUACUCCUCUAUCAGAAUACAGACACCUCUGCAAUGCAAAUAUCUGGCUCUGGGUUUGGGAUUUCUUAUCGUUUUACCCAUUCUUGAUAAAAAUAAAAUAUCUUUAACUGAUUAUUGUUAUUGCCUAAGACCCAUUACAUAUUUUAAAAGGGACAUAGUUUAUGGCAUCAAUAAAUAUUGUUUCUGUCUUGAAGUGAUAUUUUCUUAAUACCUACGUAGUUAUUAGAAAAAAGAGAAAAGCGUAUUAAAAAUAAUACCUUGUUGUUCCUAUUAAUCCUGCAGAGAUGUUUUCUUCUAGUCCAAUCACAAAGCCUGAAAAAGCGAAUUGAGAAACCGUGAAAAGCGCCUGAUUAAAGACUUGGGUCAUUUUACGGACGUAAUAAAUGAUCAUGAAAUGAAUUUCAUCACGUAGUCACUAAAGAUUAGAUUCUGUUGGACACUAAUUUGAAUUCUUCAUUUUCCUUUUAACAAAUCUUCUUCUUCGGUUCCUCAGCGAUCCAUUAUCGCAAAAACUGUGCUGAAGUGUACAAGUCAGGUGACAGGAUCAGCGGUGUGUACACAAUCGACCCUGAUGGCUCAGGGGCCUUUGCCGUUUACUGUGAUCAUAGUUCUCCUGGUGGGGGCUGGACAGUGUUCCAAAAGAGAUUGGACGGCUCGGUUGAUUUCUCCCGCGGCUGGAAUGAUUACAAGCUUGGCUUUGGUAACCUGAAUGGCGAGUUUUGGUUGGGGCUGGAUAAGAUUCAUCGGCUGACCAAGAGUGAACGUUGCAAACUUCGCGUGGAUCUCGAAGACACCGCGGGGAAGACAGCCUAUGCCGAGUAUGACAUGUUUGCUGUUACAAGUGAGAGAACCAAGUACCAGUUAGGAAUUGGAACUUAUUCAGGUGUGUAAGCUUAUCAUCUGAACAGGGUUAGAAUAUGUAGUCAAACGUUUUCGUCGUUGUCUUCUACUCAGGAUCGAAUUCUUUCAGGAUGUGAGGAUCACAAGUAUAUGGAGUCCAACAUUAUGGAAAGUUCCUUUUUUCAAUGUGACUUGUUUUAGCCUCUGUACAGCUCCCUUCUCUCGAGAAGGCAACGUUAUGUUCUUUCAAUUAUCCAGUCGCUCUCUCCUCUGUUGCAGAUCACUCACUCCUUUGGCGCGAAAACAUUUUCCGCAGUUUGUAAAGCAGUUUGCUCGGCCAAAAUUAAGAGUAUGAAAGGAGAUAUAAAGAGCGUUCAGAUUGUAGUGGGCAGAGCACAAGCCCAGCCUAGAGGCCGCUGAUUAAAAUCGUCCUCUCACCUUCUCACUUACAAGAAAGUUUAUAUGCAUACUGGAAACCUAAGGCAGUUGGCAUUUGUUGGUUUUUCCUUCUUCGAAUUCUCCGUGAGGUUAACCAUGUUUUCACAAUUUCUUUUCCUAACAAUAUACAAAGCGUCUUAACUUAUUUUAUUAACGAUAUUAGCUAAUGAAUUUAGAAUGCUUCACGAAUUACUAAACUGUUUUGCAAUUCGUCCGUAGGAACAGCUGGGGAUUCUUUGACCUAUCAUAGAGGUCACCCUUUUUCAACCAAAGAUCAAGAUAACGACAACUGGCCCAAACACUGUGCGGAGCACUUUAAAGGGGCUUGGUGGCACGAAAGUUGUCUUACUUCCAAUCUUAACGGCCCGUACCGUCAUGGAAAAUUUUCAUCCAAAACUUCAUACGACGGUGUGGUCUGGAUUGAUUGGAAAGGAGCUGACUACUCUUUGAAGAGAGCUGAAAUGAAGAUCAGGCCGGAAAAGUUCUAG